AUGCGUAUGUUUAUAGUCCCUUGCUGCCUAGCCCUGCUGGUGGCACUGGCCACUGCUGAGGGAAACGCUGCAUCGGAACUGCAGACGGCCGCCGAAAAGAGAAGCGCAGAAGCUGAGCCAAAGGAUUCUCAACGUCUCGAGAAACGAGGAGCAUCGCUGGACGAAUGGGGCCAUCUAUCCCACGGUUACGCUGACCAGCACGGCUACCAGCAGUACCAGCCGCAGGUGCAGUACUAUCACCACCAACACCACCAGCAACCGCAGCAGUUGCAUCAGCACCAGCAGCCACAGCAGCAUGCUCACCAUCCGCAGCACUAUCACGUGAAGUACGAGGAACCGAUCAAGACGAUCACGAUCGAGAAGAAGAUCCCGGUGCCGUACACCGUGCACAAGCACUAUCCGUACACGGUCGAGAAGAAGGUGCCGUACGAGGUGAAGGUACCGAUCCCGAAGCCAUACCUGGUCGAGAAGAAGGUGCCGGUUCAUAUCAAGGAGUACGUCAAGUACGCCGUCCACGUCCCGGAACCGUACACCGUCUACAAGAAGGUGCCGUAUGAGGUUAAGGUCCCCGUUGACAAGCCGUACGAGGUGAAGGUGCACGUUCCCAAGCCGUACAUCGUCGAGAAGAAGGUACCGUAUGAGGUGAAGGUUCCAGUCCCAGUGCCGGUCACCGUCGAGAAGAAGGUCCCGUAUGAGGUGAAGUACGAAGUUGCCGUCCCGAAGCCGUACACCGUGUACAAGAAGGUGCCGUUUGAGGUGAAGGUCCCCGUUGACAAGCCGUACAAGGUGGAAGUCCCACGCCCAGUCAAGGUGGAGGUUCUCAAGCCAUACCCGGUCGUCGUCGAGAAGAAGGUCCCGUAUGAGGUGAAGGUUCCGGUUGACAAGCCGUACGAAGUGGAAGUACCGCGUCCGGUAAAGGUUGCCGUCAAGGUGCCCGUUCCGGUGCCGUACACCGUCGAGAAGAAAUUCCCCUACACGGUGGAGAAGCCCGUGCCAUAUGAGGUGAAGGUGCACAUUGAUCGGCCCGUACCCGUGUACAAGGAGGUGAAAUUCGCCGUCCACAAAGAGGUCCCGGUGCCGGUGAAGGAGAAGGUCCUUGUGCCGGUGGCGGUGAGUGAGAAGAAACCGGAAUCGGUCGAACACACUCAUCAUCACGAGCAGCCUCAGGAAUUGCACCAGGAGCAGCCGCAGCAUCAGCAGCAGCAACAGGAACACUUCUACCACGAACAGCCUCAGGCACUGGCUUACCAUCAGGAACAGCAGGCGUACCAUCAGGAACCACAGCCUGUCUAUCAUCAGGAGACUCAGCCUGCCCAGGAGCAGCAGUACCAUCAGUACCAGCAGCACCAGCAGCAGAUCUACAACGCGCACCAGCAGCAACAGUACCAGCAGCAGGAGCAAAACCACCACCAGCAGCACUACGAGUCGCACUAG